UUUAGGUCGCGUAAAUAUUCUUCAAAUAACUAUCGAGAUAUAUAGAAUUGCGUAUAUAUCCUGAUAGGAUGAUGGACAACAAAGUGUAGAUCAGUAUCAGCUAUAUAUUUUAGCCACUGUGUGUAUAGUAUUAACAACAAUUCCACGCAAUGAGUUUAUUCUUGUCCAAAAUGAGUACUGUGUGUUGUCUUUCAAUACAACCGAAUAAAAUCGUGCGUAUUACAAAACACAACUUUCUUCUUGAAACUUGACUUGUUUAGAAAUGAACUCGAUUCAACGUCCUUUCUACUGCUCUAAUACUAUCCAACACUGCCGCUCUUAUACUGCUGUCUAUUUCACAUAUAACGCGAGUUUAUACACUAGAGAGAGAGAGAGAAGAUACAUAGAGACAAAAAGAUAUAUUGGGAGAAAAUGAUAUAGAGAAAGAAAAGGAUACAGGGAACGAUUACGUAUUGUUCGGUGGGUGAUUAUGUGUCGUCAUAUACAAGGAUGUCCAUUAGUUCUAUGGCUAUUGAGCGGACCUCCAGUGGUUCAUAUAAUCCCUAUCUAAUCUCGUCCUUUAUGAGGGACGUACUUCUUGGCACACAAACAUAUUCUAGAAGUAAGAAAUGCUCUAUUUAAGUGAACGAAAAAGAUUCUAGCAAAAAUAUAUUUUGAUCAUAGGAAAAUAAUACAACGCGUAUAAUAAGCUCAUAUAAGAAAUAAAUCGUUAUAUAAUUAUUAUAUGUUUGCCUGUUCAUAGAAAAUAUAGACUCGCAUGUCUCAAAAACCAAGCAAAAGAUAAAUGUCUAUAGAACUAUUUUGAUGAAAAAAAUCUCAUUUUAAACAUUAACAAGACACUAUGAUAUAAUUGCAAAAAAGAGCAUUAGAGAGAGAGAACGAUAUGCUAUAUUCUUUCUAUAGGAUAAUCUUCCAGUAUAGAAAAAACUUAUUCUGAGGAAUUUCUAGAAAAAAAGAAUGAUCUAUCCAAAGAAUUUUACUCGAUAUUUUCGAAAUUAUUUCAUAUACUAGCUAUACUCGAGACACAGAGAGAGAGAGAGAGAUCUUUUAUUCUUAUGUUUUCUCUUCUAGUUAAUAUUCCUGCUAAUGCCACAUGGGCACAGAACGGUGUGAUUAUUGCUGGAGGUAACGGGUAUGGGAAUGCCACUAAUCAACUCAAGGAGCCUUUUGGUCUGUUCGUUGAUAAUGAUCAAACAGUGGUUAUUGCUGACUACGGGAAUUAUCGUAUCAUGCAAUGGAAGAACGGUGAUACAACGAAUGGGGAAAUUGUUGCUGGUGAGACGGAUAGUCUCAUUAUUUGUGAUCGAUGGAAUCGACGAGUUGUACGAUGGUUUCGUCGUAGUGGUACAACACAAGGUGAAAUACUCAUCGAUAACAUCCAAUGUUAUGGAGUCGCGAUGGAUGAACAGAGAUAUCUCUACGUUUCUGACGACGAAAUACAUGAAGUAAGACGAUAUCAAUUUGGUGAGAAGAAUGGCACUCUCGUAGCUGGUGGCAAUGGACAAGGUGAUGGCCUCAAUCAACUCAACGUGCCGGCAUAUCUCUUUCUUGAUCGACAACAGAAUGUCUACGUAUCAGACUACAACAAUAAUCGUGUAAUGAAAUGGAAUAAAGGUGCAACAGAAGGUAUUGUGGUCGCUGGAGGACAAGGUGAAGGGAAUGAUCUAACACAAUUGUCUCGUCCUAAUGGACUCUUCGUUGAUACAUUGGGUACACUCUAUGUAGCAGACUCGCGAAAUCACCGUGUAAUGCGUUGGACUCAAGGAGACAAGAAACAAAUCACUGUCAUUGUGGGUGGAAAUGGUCAAGGAGCAGGAGCAAAUCAGUUCAACGGCCCCUGUGGUUUGUCUUUUGAUCGACAAGGUAAUCUCUAUGUCGCCGAUUAUGGUAAUACUCGUGUUCAACGAUUUUUUAUCGAAUAA